AUGGCGGCUGUCAAGACCCCAAUGUCUAUCAGCGCGCUCCUGAAUCCGCAGCAACAGAAUGCCGAUAUCAACACGCGGCAACAUCUCGACCUCCCACUUCGACAAAUGCAACUCGAUGACACGAAUACCAUUCACUACAAACAGGCUGAUUACCGACAGCAAACUUCAAAAAGGAUACAUUACACCAGCAGCGAAGGACACCGAUCACCAACAAUUACAGAUGACACCAAAAACCAACUACAACAGCAAGGCUCAACGGGAUACCGUUAUGAACGCUUCGCCUCCGUCUCCAGCACCUCCUCAACGACAAUAAGUGAACGCCGAAGAGCGCCUCGACCCAAAUACACUGAUGAAGAAAUGUACUUCAUUUGGUACCACCGCGUAGACCUCGAUGAAGAAUGGCGAGAUUGCACAGAGGCCUUCAACAAACAAUUCCCGGGCCAAGGUCGCUCCGAACGAAACACGCAGGGAAUUCAAUGCAAAUUCUACCGUUUCAUUAAUGCUAAAAAGUGUCCCACAGUACGGGAGCAGCGACGACUAAAAGAUGGAGAGUUUAUGGUUCGUGGCCGAUCGACGCGAGGGAGGUUAUUGCCCAAAUUUGGCGUUGUGGAAUGGUGCCAAGUUUGGUACCCCUGGAUGAGGGCUGAGCAUGCUAUUGCUGGUCUUCAUCCUGGUCCGCAAUUACAUCCAAUUGAGCCGCUGCAACAGAAUCAGAGCAUUUCAAAGACGUCUGAUGAUGAGCAGAUGAUGAGGACGUAUAGUCAGUCAUCGAUUUCUUCGUCGGCGGCGUCGGUUUUGUCUUCGGAAGCCUCGACGCCGGAACCGUAUACACCUAGCUCCUAUUCGGAUGAUAUUGUCAGUGAAGAGGAGAUAGUCGCUUGA